AGCGCAUGCGCCUUUCCCCACGAGUGCACCGUACCACGCAUGCGCCUGUCCUCAGACGCGAGCGGAAGAAAAACUAUCCGGUCGGCGGCGGGCGGUGACGUAAGACGCGCGCCUCACAAAGUGUGCAGCUUCGGCGGGAGGGAGUCGCCCAGCGCAGUCAUGGUGCAUUGCAGUUGCGUUUUGUUCAGAAAGUAUGGAAAUUUCAUUGAUAACCUAAGACUCUUCACUAAAGGAGGAAGUGGUGGAAUGGGUUAUCCUCGUUUAGGUGGAGAAGGUGGAAAAGGUGGUGACGUCUGGGUUGUAGCCCAUAAAAAAAUGACUUUAAGACAACUUAAAGACAAAUAUCCUAAGAAACGGUUUGUAGCUGGAGAAGGAGCAAACAGUCGGGUUAGUGCACUUAAAGGCGCCAAAGGAAAAGACUGUGAAAUCCCUGUACCUGUGGGUAUUUCAGUAACUGAUGAAAAUGGUAAAAUUAUAGGAGAACUCAAUAAAGAGGAAGACAGAAUUUUAGUAGCUGAAGGUGGCAUUGGUGGUAAACUACUUACCAAUUUCUUACCAUUGAAAGGCCAGAAACGAAUAAUUCACCUUGAUCUGAAGCUAAUAGCUGAUGUAGGCCUGGUGGGAUUCCCAAAUGCUGGAAAAUCCUCUCUGCUAAGUCAGAUUUCUCAUGCAAAACCUGCAAUUGCAGAUUAUGCAUUUACAACAUUAAAGCCUGAACUUGGAAAGAUUAUGUACAAUGAUUUCACACAGAUAUCUGUAGCUGAUUUGCCGGGAUUGAUAGAAGGAGCACAUAUGAACAAAGGAAUGGGCCACAAAUUCCUCAAGCAUAUAGAAAGAACUAGACAACUGCUUUUUGUUGUGGAUAUUUCUGGAUUUCAGCUUUCUUCCCAAACUCAGUAUAGAACUGCCUUUGAAACCAUAAUACUGCUGACAAAAGAAUUGGAGUUGUACAAAGAGGAACUUCAGAGAAAACCUGCACUCCUGGCAGUUAAUAAAAUGGAUUUGCCACAUGCCCGAGAUAAAUUUCACGAAUUGAUAAAUCAGCUCCAGAAUCCUAAAGAUUUCUUGCAUUUAUUUGAAAAUCAAAUGAUUCCAGAGAAGAAUAUGAAGUUCCAGCAUAUCAUCCCCAUCUCUACGAUUACUGGAGAAGGAAUUGAAGAAUUAAAAAACUGUAUAAGAAAAUCACUGGAUGAACAUGCCAACCAGGAAAAUGAAGUACAUUUUAAGAAACAGUUGCAUAAUUUAAGAUUUUCUAAUACAAUAUCUUACAGUAAGCUACCAUCAAAGCAUGUUGUCACUAGUUCUGGGAAGAACUAGUAAAUCUAGUAAAAACAGUAUUAAUUGAAUAUUAUUGUGUCCCAAGAAAGAAGGAAAUCGUAUCAUUUGUGAAAACAUGGAUGAAUCUGUAAUACAUUACAUUAAGAAAAAUAAGCUAGACACAAAAUAACAAAUGCAUAGUUAUCAUUUAUAUGUGGAAUCUAAAAAACUUGAACUUAUUGAAGAAGAGUAAAUUGGUGGCUACCAGGGAAUGGGGAGAUGGAGGUUAAGGAGAUGUUACAAAUUUUCAGUUAGUAUGAGAAGAUUUGUAACAGGUUGGUGUCCAUAGUUAUAAUAAUGUAUCCUGUUUUGAAAAGUUGGUAAGAAAGUAGGUUUUAAGAGUUCUCACCACAAUAAAAGAAAUAUGUUAAUUAGCUUAACUGAGCUAUUCCAGUGUAUUCAUACUUUAAAAUUUCAUGCUAUACAUGAUAAAUACAUAUAAUUCUGAUAUGUCAAUUUACAAAAUGGGUAUUGAAAUCUUAUUAAUUUGAAAACUUUGCCACACUUUUUUUAAGCAUUAUUACUAACCUUCUGAUAUAUGUACCAUCAUUCAAGAACUGUAUGUACCCUUUUAAGUUAUCAUUUUGUAGUUAAGUCUACCAAUAGUAAAAAAAUAACUGAGAACUAAAAAUUGUAUUUUACAAAUUAAUGAUCAGUCCAACUGUAAUAACACUCGCAUAUUCUUUUACUUGUGAUAUUCCUAUUGAGAUAUUUUUUUAAUCAUAUGGGAUUCCCUAGAUUAUUAUUAGAAUGAGCAAUUAGAGCUUGCUUCUUUGUUUUUGGAUCUGUCAUUUACUGGUUGCAUCAAAAAUAGUUCUCUUGUGGAAAAUCUCAAAACCUUAAGUUUGAAUAUAUGUUCAGUGAUAUUAACAGUCACCAAAAAUAUGUGACUUGAGCUUUCAUAAGAUUUUUUUUUUUAAGAGUUUUUCCAAAUUAUAAUGAGUACGUUUCCCUCCUUUGGAGGGGAUUGCUUUGUAUGUCUCAUUUUCU